AUGGGUGAUUGCCGAGUGGGGAACGUUUACCUUCUAGGUGUGGGCUUUAUGCUCAUUUUCACCGCGUUCACCACUUGUGGGAACGUAGAGCAAACAGUAGUACGGAGUUUGACCAACACCAGUUUCUCUGGCAGUGGUUAUGACAGUCUUGCCAUUAUCUAUGGAGUGUUUUCAGCUUCUAACCUCAUUGCACCAUCUGUGGUCGCAGUUGUUGGACCAAAGCUGUCUAUGGUAUUAAGUGGAGUUGUUUACAGUGGUUAUGUGAUUUCCUUCAGCCUGCCAAUGACAUGGUCCGUAUACAUUGCCUCUAUCCUCAUUGGAUUUGCAGCCGCUGUACUGUGGACAGCCCAGGGGACUUUCCUUAUCUUGAACUCCGACUCCAACAAUAUCAACAAGGACACUGGGAUCUUCUGGGCUCUCUUGCAGUGCAGCAUGUUGUUUGGGAAUCUCUACGUUUACCUGCAAUGGAGAGAUGUGAUGGUGAUUUCAGAUGAUGACGGGAGGAUAUUGUUCAUCGUGCUGACUGUGAUCUCUCUUGCUGGCACGGCCAUUAUACUAAUGCUGAAGAGCACUGGUCAUGAAGACACCAGCUAUGGAAUCACUGAGCCUUUGCUUCCAACUCGGACAUGGUUUAAAGAGAAACUGACCUCAACCAUGAAUCAGAUCGCUGCAGAGUUCAGGUCGAUGUUAAGGCUGUUACACACAAAGAACAUGUUGCUGCUGAGUGUGACCAUAGUGUACAGUGGACUGAUGUUGACUUUCUACAGUGGUGUGUACGGGACAUGUAUUGGAGCUACCAGAGAGUUUGGGACUCAAGCUAAGGGCCUCAUUGGACUUUCAGGGGUAUUUAUUGGCAUUGGAGAGAUUCUUGGGGGUGGGAUUUUUGGGUUGCUCUGCUUCAAUAACCAUUUCCGACGCACCUCUGCCAUCUUACUGGGAGUCAUCGCGCAUCUCCUGGGAUUCUAUCUAAUUUUCCUCAUGAUACCAGAUGAUGCUCCGAUCACCAGUGCCGACAGCAGUCACGACAAGCCUUACCUGUUUCCCAGUCCUGCUGUGGCAUUGGUGAUUAGCUUCCUGCUAGGCCUGGGUGACAGCUGCUUUAACACCCAGCUCUACAGCAUCAUUGGUAUCCUGUACUCUGAGGAGAGUGGGCCUGCUUUUGGCAUCUUCAAAUUUAUACAGUCCGUUUCUGCCGCAGUGGCUUUUGGAUACAGCAACUACCUGGCAUUGUCGCUACAACUGCUCAUCCUCACCAUCUUCUGCUUCUUUGGCACAAUCUCCUUUUUUAUCACAGAGAAAAUUGAAGCCAACGCGCCGGACCUGCUAGAUUUCUGACCUUAACUAUGCAGCCAUUAAGUGCAAGUGAAAGGCACGGCAAGAAAACAGGGACUUCCAGGGAAUAAAAUGGGGAAAAUUCUCUGAAGCAGAUUGUCAGGAUGUAUCAGCUCUCUGGCUGUAGUGGGAUCACCGAUGCCCACUGCUGGCAGAAAGAGCAUUUCCAACCAACAUUUUGCAGACACUCAAUUGAUCAAGUGGUCUGGUGUCUCUGUUUAUAAUGACGAAGCCAGAAAUAAGUAGUAGUUCAAAGCAUCUGAACUGUUUUAUUAUCUUCCCUAUUGCUGGAAGGGACAGGAAAACUGAAGGACAUAGAUAUAUGGUGUUUGCUAAAUGGUGUGCAACAACAGAAAAUGCUGUCAACACUCAGCAGGUCAGGCAGUAUCUGUGGGAAGAGAAGCAGAGUUAAUGUUUCAGGUUGGAGACCCUUCAUUGGAACUGGGGAAGAGAGAAAACAAGUUAGUUUUAAGUCUCAGAGAAUAUUAAGGGGCACAAAGUAGAGCAAAGGGAAAGUGAGGGUGAGGUUCGGGUUGCUUGAUUUUGGAUUACUCCAGCACAUACAUAGCUGACAGGCUAACGUUGCAAGUUGAAAACCCUUCAUCAAAACUCUAUUUCUGUUUCUACAGAUGCUAACUGAUCUGUUAAGUGUUACAGCACUCUUCUUAUUUCAGAUGUCAAUGUCUUUUAACAGCCUCUUCGAUAGGUACAUGGAGCUUUGUAAAAUAGAGGCUAUGUGGUAGGGAAAUUCUAGGCAGCUUCCAGAGUAGGUUACAUGGUCAGCACAACAUUGUGGGCCGAAGGGCCUGUAGUGUGCUGUAGAUUUCUAUGUUUCUAUGCUUUAUUUCCAUUAUCUGCAGCUUUAUUUUAAAUUUUCACUUUAAGCAGUGAGUAGUUACAAUCUGGAACCCUGUCUCUGCAAAGGAGCAAAAAGCAGAUUAUUAGCAGCCUUUUUUUAAACUUUGUUUGUAGAGGGUACAACAAGGAAGAUCACCAUGUUACAAGUUGGAAUGAUUGUAUCGAGAUAAAUUAUAACCUGGAUUGCUACUCCUUUC